AUGGAGGCACCCUCCAUGCCCAAGGGCCCCCGGGCAGACAGCGACGGCUCCCGUCUGCUCCUCCACACCUCAGACUGGGUGUUUGAGCUGGUCAACAUGUCCCUGGCCUUCCCCGAGGCCAGCAGCCACUGCAGGGCCUCGUUCAGCUCUCUCACCACCCUGGGCCAGCCCCAGGAUGAGGCCGGGGUUCUGGAGCUGCAGAGGCAGGCCGGCCUGCAAGGCUCCAUGUGGGUCCGAGACCCCCUCAGAGCGGAGGCCAGGGCCCUGACCGUGCCCAAGCACUAUGAACAGUUUCCCGCCCUGAGCUUCCCCCGGGAGUCCCAGGAGGGCUUCGCCCGGCUCAACGUCACCAUCCCCUCCCUCCCGGCGCUCAGCGUGUGCGUGCGCGUGCAGUGGGACCCCCAGUGGAAGGAGGUGUCCACCCUCUUCUCCUACGCCGCGCCCGUCUUCAUCAACGAGUUCCAGCUGCGCGGCCGCGUCAACGACACGGGGCGCAUCCUGCUGGCGGCGAUCGUCCACGGCAAGCACAGCUCCUACCGGGCGUCCUUCGCCAACGACGGCGCCUGGCACCACGUGUGCGUGGCGUGGCGGCGCCGCGGGGGAGUGCGAGCCAUCUACGUGGACGGAGAGAGAGGGGACGGGGAGUCGGGGAAGGACACGCCCAGGGAUAUCCACGGUGACGGGAUCCUCAUUCUGGGGCAGGACCAGGAUUCCUUUGGGGGGAAUCUAACCGAGCCGUUCGUGGGGAACAUCACGGACGUGAACGUGUGGAGCGCGAUGUUGGAGGGGGCGACGUUUAGGGCGCUUAGCAACUGUGCCUCCAAGAAGCAGGAUGUUCUGUUCAGCUGGAGCGUGGAGCGGGUGGACCGCCAUGCUGUGGUCAGAGAAGUGUCCGCCACGCUGUUUUGUCCAGCGGUCCACAGACAGGAGGAGCAGGACUGCAGAACCCUGGAGAGCAGGGCAGCUCAACAGCGCCCUCUGUAUGGCCGUGCAGACUGCUCCACCCCCCUGCUCUUCACCUGCAGGAGCAGCGCAGAGAGCUACCAAAAGAGGAGGGAAUUAAGGGCAAGUCGGAGUGCUCAUCCCAGUUCUUUUAUGAAGCGUCUCAAGCAGUUGUCUAAUGACACUCAGGUCCUUCUGGGGAAACCAGUGGGUCAGGUGAGCUGGGGUCCUGUGUCCAACCUGCUGGAAGUCUCCUGCCAAGCCCUGGAGGAGAGCAGGGAGCAGCUGCAGCCUGGAGACAUGCUGGCCUUGGUCCAGCUGCUGUCCCAGGCUGCAGACCUGCCCGCGGACCCCGACCCUGAGCUGGACACACCAUCGGAGGGCAACAGGAGCCAGGCCAGUGCUGGGGAGCUGAGCGAGUACUUCAUCACUCUGGCUGACAGGGUCAUCAGCCAGGACAACGCGCCCAAGUGGCAGGCCAUCAGACAGGUGGUCAGUGGUCCAAUGGCCGUGGUCAAGAGUAUCGACCGUAUGGCGAGCGGCCUCAGCCCUCGCCUGAUGGCGGAGACGGAGCGUCUUGUCAUUCACAGCCCCAACAUUAAGUUGGAGGUCCAGCAACACAACUUGGAGCAAGGAUCUGCCGGGUCCAAGUUCUGCGGCCCCGAGACGGACAACAAGACCAACCUGGACUGCAUCUCAAUCCCGUUCCAGAACAUGCGAAACCUCCAUGACAACGGCUUUCACCAGGUCACACUGGUGAACACAUGGUAUGGCUCGUUGCGUCCUCUAUUCAACCCAGAGGAAAACUUCACCAACAUCAUGUUCCCGACAGUCACAGAUGGCAGCCAGAGGUACCUUGGUACCAUCCUGGGCUCCUCAGUCAUCUCCACCACAGUGCUGGCCGACGGUCAGCCUCUCAGCAUGGCAGUACGCUUCCAGCUGCAACACAGAACGCUGAGUCCAGCAGGAAUCAUCCAUGACCCAGUGUGUGCAUUCUGGGACUUUGAACUCAUGCCAGAGGCUGGGGGCUGGUGGUCCACCAGGGGCUGUGAGGUGGUGUCCAAACAGCACGGCUCCACCGUGUGCACCUGCAACCACACCACCAACUUUGCCCUGCUGCUGCAGGUGUACGAGGCUCAGCGGAGCCAAGGGGAGGAGAAGACCCUCCAGCUGCUGACGUUCGUGGGCUGUGGCGUGUCUCUGUUUGGCCUCCUCUUCACCUUCAUCCUCUUCGUCGCUGUCGGGGUCCCAAAGUCGGACCGCACCACGGUGCAUAAGAACCUGAUCGUGGCCCUGGGGACAGCAGAGCUCCUGCUCAUGUUCAGCGACUGGGCUUCAGCCAACGAGGUGGCGUGCCUCUUGGUGACGGCGCUGCUUCACCUCUUCUUCAUGGCUGCCUUCUCCUGGAUGCUGGUGGAGGGGCUGCUGCUGUGGAGCAAGGUGGUGUCGGUCAACAUCAGUGAGGACCGCCGCAUGAAGCUCUACUACGUCAUUGGCUGGGGCCUUCCUGUUGUCAUUGUUGGUGUGACCUUGGCUGUUUCCCUGGACAAGUAUAAGGCAGACAAUCACUGCUGGCUUAACGCAGAGAAUGAUAUGAUUUGGGCGUUUGUGGGGCCUGUUAUCUUUAUCCUGGCUGUUAACACUGUGGUGCUUUGUCGGGUUGUCAUGGUGACAGUGUCCAGCGCUCGUCGUCGUGCAAAGAUGCUCACCCCCAGUUCGGCAUCUAAAAUGCACACAUUUGACCUGACCUGGGCCGUGACGCGUCCGGUUCUGAUCCUGCUGCCCGUCUUGGGUCUGACCUGGCUGUGUGGCGUCUUGGUGCACCUGUCCAUGGCCGUGGCCUACGCCUUCAUCAUCCUCAACGCCUUCCAGGGCCUCUACAUCUUCCUGGUGUACGCGGUUUAUAACAGCGAAGUGCGGAAUGCCAUAAAAAGGAUCAAAGAGAAGAGAAAAGCCUUGUCUUUCACGAAUUGUUCCCAGCCAAUCACCUUCCUGGCCUCCCAGCGGACCCCUGUCAUGUCGUGGGCCCACAGCCCCCCCCCUCCUUCCAGUCCUGAGACCAGUGACACCUCAGGUCCCGCCAGCUCCACCUCCACCUCCCUGGUCAUCAAAAACGAGAGCUACAGGACUGAAAGCUUUGUGAGUUUCUCUUUCAAGCCAGCAUCAGCAAACCAGGUGGUUCAACUGACAGCAUUCAAGCCUUCAGGCUGCUGAUCCACUGGGUUUGGUGUGACAGUGCAGUGAUUUGACCAGUACGCAACAGGCAGAAAACACACAUCCACACAAAAUAUGUGCAACGACUCCCAACACAACACCUGGACACGAACUCGCAAACACACAAAAAAAAGCACACUCUCAAACCACUCGAAACAUCAAGAAACAGACGUUCUCUUCUUGCAUGCACACAGACACUUGAAUACUUGUACAGUACCGUUUGACGACACACUCUCUGGAAGAUGUGUGUGAAGCAGGAAGUAGGUUGGAGAAGGACAGCCUCCCACAGCUCCUCCCCCUUACCCAUUCCCAGGGCCUGGAGUCAGCUGCUGUUUGGGAAGGCCCUGUUCCAGUUUGCCAAUGUGCGACUCCUGUUCCCAGCUGUGGUAUCAUGAGAGGCUAGGCCACGGUGCGGGUUGUAGGGCAGUGCGUCACAACCAGACAGAGCAGGCAAAAGUGGGUUCAAGCAAAGAAACCGGUUUAUUCACCAACAAAAAACGUAGUUCAGGAAGCAAAACAUCAGCUUCAUGAAGUUGCUCCUCGCAUCGGAUCCUACCAAUGGUAUCCUCAUAUCAAAGUUCCUCUGGCAUCGAACUCUGUUUGUGCCAGGUACUCUCUUCUUCCCUUGGUAUCUGUGUCCAGCCUUUUGUCCUCUCUCCAUCUCCCCACAUUAGCUCCUGCCUCAAUCAGAAGACUGAGGUAUUUGCACCUGUCGGCGUGGUGCAUUCUGGGAGGUGUAGUUCUCCCGUCACCCAUCUUGUGGCAUGGUAGCCACUUAAAGAGAGAAACACACCGCCCCUCUACCACACGUCCUCUCGUGAUGUCACACAGUGUGCAGAAUUGGUUCAUAGUUUUGGUGGAGAGUGGGUCAUAUCACCUUUUGGGCACUGCGUUCAUUCUGUGUCCGUGUGAGUUUCGUUUAGAAUCUUAUACGUAACUGUAAUAAUCUUAUAACUCAUCGUAAGCCUCAACCUAUGGUUCGGAGGUUCUAUUACUGUAAGUUACGACCAGACAACAGGAUUGUGUUGUCAGUAUAAGAUCAUGGAUAUAGUAUUGUGUUAUUUUCAUAUACAGUGUUAGAAUAGAGAGCCAUUUUCAUCUUCUUGAUGACUAAUAGAUGUAAACUGAUCCGUGUUCACGUCGUGUUGCUUUCAAAGAUACCGUACAGGGCCCCUAGCCUGGAAUCCACCUAUCACAGAGUCUGCUGUGGAGGACUUGCUGAGCUUGGCACAUGCCCUCUACCUCCCCCCCCCCCCCCUAAUUCUUCAGCGCGGUUUUGGCAGUAGCUUCAUGUGGGAACUGUGUGCUCUAUCUCCAAGGAGGGUUUAUUUGGUCCCUUUCUGAUGAUGUAAGCAUGUGAAUUCAUGGUCAUAAACCUAUGUGCUGUAUAUGUAGUGGGGCAGUUGUUGUUGUUUAUGCGUUGUUUGUGUGAUAAGGAUUGUUUCUCCAAAGCCUUUGUGUGAUCAGUUCUUGUGUUGAUGUUGUGGUUACCUUUUGCAUUUGUCAUGUUGAGAUAUUCAGUUCAAACAUGUUAUCUCCCAUUGUUAUGAUUUUCAGUACCGGAAUCCAAUACUCCUUGAGUAUGACCGUACUGUAAUGUGGUUUGCAGUACUGUUGCUUGUUGAAGUUAUUCUGCAUCAUGAGAAGUUAUGGCCUGAAACCAAUGAUCGACACGUGUUUAUUUCAUUGGCAUUUAUU